AUGAACUUAGAAUAUUCUCCAAAUUGUUCAACUCCAAGUGAUUCUUCAUUGCAUCAUAUAGAAACUCCAGUUACAACCGCUAAAGAAAACACUAACACAUUGUCUUUAAAUUCAAAUAGAUUCUGGCUUGAAACAGCUGAUUCCACAACUUCAUCUAUAUCAGAUACAAGUGGUAGACUGAGAGGAAAGGUCAACUCCGGUGGUUGUGUUGUUACUUCGGGUGCUGAUAAUAUGACUACUACCACCACUACUGGUGCUGCUGCUGCUGCUGCUAAUACCACCACCACUAUUAAUACUACAACCAUUACCAGUACUACAUCUGCUGUUUCCGCCUCUUCGACCAAUAAUACUGGUGUGCAUGCUGCUGCUGAAAAUCCAAACAUCAUGGCCACAACAGCAACCAGGGAUAUUAAGUCAAAUAAUACCUUGGUUAGAGGACGACCAUCUGCCUGUGUUUUUGUUGCUAGUUUAUGUUCCACGUUAUCCGAUGAUGAAUUAAGUAUCUCGGUCACCAACCAUUUUCAACAAUGGGGAUCUUUAGCUACUGUCAAAGUUUUGAGAGAUACUUGUAAUCGUCCGUAUGCCUUUGUACAGUACACGACCGACGAACAAUCAAAGCUUGCAAUUGAAAAGGGUCAUAACUCGGUUUUGGAUGGUAGAAAUAUUAGAUGUGAAGCAGCCAAGGUCAAUAGAACUCUCUUUUUGUCGUCCAAAUCUUUACUUAAUUAUGAGGUUGUUGAAGAUAGAUUGUCAGCUUUUGGUGAACUUGAAGAUUUGGUUCCUAGUACAGCCAAGGGUGAACUCUACAAUAAUGCCAACUCGGAAAAAGGGUACAAGAAUUGGUUUUGUAAGUUUGUUUACCGUGAUGAUGCUAUCAGAGCUUAUGCAAAUUUGACUGAAGAAGGAAUUUAUAAAAUCGAGUGGACACAAAACAUCGACAAAUCUUGUGCCCGCAAAAGCGAUGGUGAAGACUCUGAAUUUGAUACCAGGGUAAAAUUUGAUAAGUUUUCCAUUUUUGUGGGUCAAUUAAACCCUACUGUUACUGAUGAAAGUCUCGGUGAAAGAUUUCAACGACAUGGUGAAAUUAUUGAUUUGAAUUUGGUUAAAAAAGCCAACAAUACUUUUGCGUUUAUCAAGUAUAAAGAUGAGUCGAGUGCUGCUAGUGCUGUUGAAAGAGAAAAUCAUUCUAUGUUUUGUGGUAAAACAAUGCAUGUUCAGUACCGUGAAAUACACCCAUCGUCAACACCAAUGCGUUAUCGAGGUUCUGGGGGUGGAUUUGGACAUGGAAAUUCCACUAGCACGGGUAGUAGUGGUAGUGGUGGCGGCGGAAAUCUGACUAACAUUGGAAUUGCCUUGGCUCCUCCUCCAAUCAACUUGAACAAGCGAUCAUUCACAAAGAACGAGUUUAGUAAAUUUCACACUAAAGAGUUCAACAGUAAGCCAAAAUUUAAUGGGUAUCCAUCUAAUAGCUAUAACAAAGGUUACAACAAGUUCAAAUCGUACAAGAAUUUUCGUUCAGCCAACUCAGAUAGAAUGCUUGAUAAAAACGUCAAUGAUGUUACAUGGCAAGCCCUGCAAUUGAAUCUCAAGAGUGAAGUAUCUGACGCUUCCAAUAAGAGAAGUGGGGGUAAUGGUGGUACUAAAGAAGGUUCCCGUGGUGGUAGCGGUCCUGGUGAAGCAAAUAGAAGUAAAGCAAUAAAUUCUACAACUAAUGGAUAUCCUCCACCACAAACUUCACCUGGUUUCCCUUUGUUCUACUAUGUUCCUGCAGAAAAUGUUGGUUUUGCUACUACAAAUUCAAGUAAUAAUGCUCUGUUCUAUAAUCUUUACCCUCAAUAUUACCCACAUCCUACCCAUGCUCAUACACAUCCUCAUCCUGGUGGUGGACCGCCACUUCCUCCUCCUGCCCCGGCUCCCGCUCCUCCGGGAACUGUUAUGCCUGGUACCUCUGGUUGUCAAUUUGGGGAUAUUUCUAAUGGCGGUCGUCCUCCUUCUGGUGUUACUAAUGUUAUGGGUGGAGGUGCAGUUGAUUAUUCACAUCCAGCAUAUGGAAUGGCUAAUUAUGUAUAUUAUCCAACUGAGGCAGAAAUUGCUUCUCACGAAAAGAAAACUUAG